AUAUUUACUAAAAGAAAACUAAAAAUCGUAAAAAGGGGAAUGUGUUAUACAAAUUAAAUUUGAAAUAUUCAUUGGUAAACAAAAUUAAGAUUUGCAAUUGGUAUUGCUUGCAUUGUUCAUCAGCAUUCGGAAAAUCGCGAGUCAGUGCAAUUGGCAUUAAACCGGAUACUCAAGAUCUCCAAAUUGAAGUCGUCGUCGUCAAUGAGCAAUAAGUCGUCAUUAGGUCAAAAUAAAUAAAAAGCCAGCCAAAGAGUAAUAUUUACGAAAUUUCGGUCUACAAAAGCGUGGAAAGUGGCACAAUUUUCCGCCGUACAAAACACAAUUUAAAAAACCUGGUAUUGUUAGUUUUCAGUGCCUAUUAAUCAUACACCUAUAAACAUAUACAUAUGUAAACCUACACCUAUCUCAGCCAGCGGAACAACGCGCGGUUAUUUCUGUUCGUGGGCAAAGAAAAUUGCCAGACAAAAUAAAAAGCAGAAGAAAAAUCGUGCACGCCAAAGUAACAUAUUUAUUUUUAAAAAUUUCGCAACCGUUCGAAUUUUGCUCCAGUCCGGCGAAUAGAAAAUUCUGAACUGUACCGUGAGACAGACUGUCAGAGCAGCAAUAGCAACAAUAAAACUGAUCGCUGAGAAAACCAAACAAAUAAACCAUAGUGGGGUUACGAGUGCCGCAAUGUCGACAGCUACAUGCGCUCGUUUUUGCACACCGAUUGCAGGUGUCGGCAAAACUUCAGCAUCAACAAAAGGCAGUACCUCAUCACAAAUAAAACCAGGAAGCGAAAGCCACUUGACACCAGUGUCAUCGCUGCAGAACAAGAAGCUUAAUCCUACAACCAGCUCAACAACAAAUAACGCUAAUACAGAGGCCACAUUUACAUUUAAGUUAGGUCCUGGCACUGUCGGUAGCGACGUGCGCGGAGGAAGCUGUAGUAUGGCCUCUAGUGAGUCAUCAGAUCCAUUAGAAUCGGAUUAUAGCGAGGAAAGCGAUGAAGAAGAAGAAGAAUCGCAACAGCAGCAAAAAAAACAUACGCAAUCCACACACGUCAGCGCCAGCAGUCGUAGUAGCAGCAGCGUCACAACAGCGUCUGUGAAUAAUGACACCGUCGAUGAAGAUGGGAAGGACGAUGGUCACGACACAGAUGAUGUUACCAAUAACGAGGACUCCGAUAAAAGCGAUAAUGACGACAGCAAUGAUACUGGCGAUGAGGAGACUGACGAAGAGUCCGAAGAAAGUAACAGCAUUCAAACAGCAAAGGGUGUGCGUAAAUAUCAUUUUGAUAACUUUCAGAUUAUCAAAACUGUCGGCACUGGUACAUUUGGACGGGUUUGUCUCUGCCGUGAUCGCAUUACCGAAAAAUACUGUGCCAUGAAAAUUUUAGCUAUGACAGAAGUCAUACGCCUUAAACAAAUUGAACAUGUUAAGAAUGAGCGAAAUAUAUUGCGUGAAAUACGACAUCCUUUCGUCAUCUCCUUAGAAUGGUCCACCAAGGAUGAGUCUAAUCUAUAUAUGAUCUUUGAUUAUGUUUGCGGCGGUGAGCUGUUUACAUAUCUGCGUAAUGCAGGAAAGUUUACUAGUCAAACUUCGAAUUUCUAUGCAGCAGAAAUUGUCAGCGCUCUUGAAUACCUGCACUCACUGCAAAUUAUCUAUCGGGACUUAAAACCAGAGAAUUUGUUAAUAAAUAGAGAUGGUCAUAUAAAGAUAACCGAUUUCGGCUUUGCUAAAAAGCUCCGUGAUCGAACAUGGACAUUAUGCGGCACUCCUGAAUAUAUAGCUCCAGAGAUAAUACAAUCUAAAGGCCACAACAAGGCAGUCGACUGGUGGGCGUUGGGUGUGCUUGUUUAUGAAAUGCUUGUGGGGUAUCCGCCAUUUUAUGAUGAGCAACCAUUUGGCAUUUAUGAAAAGAUAUUGAGCGGCAAAAUUGAAUGGGAGCGCCACAUGGAUCCUAUUGCUAAAGACCUAAUAAAAAAGUUGCUGGUGAAUGACAGAACAAAGAGACUGGGUAAUAUGAAGAAUGGUGCUGAUGACGUUAAGAGGCAUCGGUGGUUCAAGAACUUAAAUUGGAAUGACGUCUAUAACAAGAAGCUUAAGCCACCAAUUUUACCUGAUGUUCAUCAUGAUGGUGAUACAACAAAUUUUGAUGAUUAUCCCGAAACGGAUUGGAAACCCACCACUGCAUUAGACCAGAAUGAUUUGCAGUUAUUUAAUGAUUUCUAAACGAAACAAAAGUAUAACAAUAGAUACAAACGUUAAUUUAUUUAAUAUGUGUAAAACUAUGAUGUGGCAAAAUAUUAAUUAAUUAAUAAUUAAACAAAUAAGUGUUGAACAAGUAUAAAA